UUCAGAAACGGUCUUGCCUCUCUGCUCCGCUCUUCUCGCUUUUCCUCUUCUCACUCCCUUCCCUUCCCUUCCUUCUCCCCGGUGUCUGUCUUCUCUUUCCUGCAAAUUCCUUCUGACUUCGAUCAACGCUUCAACAUUCACCGAAUGCAUAAUUCUGAUCAUAAAUUGUAAUUUGGCUUAUUCCUUACGAUGCCCCCGCCUGGUUCUCUUGGAUCAAGGAGACCCCCUCCUGGGUUUUUAAUCAUCAGUGGCGCGAGAUGGAAACUCAAAACGUAUAGAUACAUUGUUUUGUUUGUUACAUUUGUAGCUUACGUUUGUUUCCAUGCUUCCAGAAAACCUACCGGUAUAGUUAAGAGUGUGCUCUACCCUGAAACCAAUGGCCAUAUCACCGAGCACAAACCCUGGCCAAUGGGCGAGGUGUUCGUUAAGGAUCGGGGAAUUGUUGGUAAGAAGAGUGAUGGGUGGGCCCCCUUUAAUGAACCUGAUGGGACGUCGAAAUUGGGCGAAAUUGAUGUUGCGUUUCUCGCAUGUUACUCAGUGGGAAUGUAUGUUUCUGGGCAUUUGGGGGACACUCUUGACCUUCGUUUGUUCUUGACUAUGGGGAUGAUUGGUAGUGGAGUGUUCGUUGGCCUUUUUGGGAUGGGCUAUUUCUGGAAAAUUCAUGCCUUCUCUUUUUAUCUAAUUAUGCAAAUGAUUGCUGGAUUGUUUCAAGCAACGGGUUGGCCUUCUGUUGUUGCUGUGAUUGGUAAUUGGUUCGGCAAGAGGAAGAGGGGAUUGAUAAUGGGUGUUUGGAAUGCUCACACUUCAGUUGGCAACAUAAGCGGCUCUCUUCUUGCAGUUAGCGUCUUGAAAUAUGGAUGGGGGUGGUCUUUCAUCGUUCCAGGAGCUUUGAUCAUAUUUGGAGGAUUAUUUGUUUACUUGUUCUUGGCUGCUUAUCCUGAGGACGUAGGUUUUGCUUCGACACAUGGCUCAGAUUCGGACCUAUUAGCGGCAAUCCAUCCUGAUGAAGAAGCUCAAAUAAUGAAAGAGGAAGUGACCAACGUGGCUUUAUCACCAGAGUCACUACGUACCUUGAGUGGCGCUUCAGUACGUAAGAAGAGUGUUGGGCUCCUUGAAGCAUGCUUUAUACCAGGAGUUAUACCAUUUGCCUUGUGCCUUUUCUUCGCCAAGCUUGUUGCCUACACGUUUCUGUAUUGGUUACCAUUUUACCUGAGUCAGACGGAAAUUGGUGGAGAGUAUGUCUCUGUUGAAUCUGCUGGCAAUCUCUCUACUUUGUUUGAUGUAGGGGGUAUAUUUGGAGGUGUUCUUGCUGGCUACAUAUCUGACAAACUCAAUGCCCGUGCUACCACUGCAGCCAGUUUCAUGUAUGCUGCAAUUCCUGCUAUGCUUUUAUACAGAAUCUAUGGAAGUAUUUCUAUGAAUGUCAACAUUGCACUUAUGGUGGCCACUGGACUGCUUGUGAAUGGUCCUUAUGCACUCAUCACCACUGCUGUUUCCGCGGACUUAGGAACACACAGUUCUCUUAGAGGAGAUUCUCGUGCUCUAGCUACAGUUACUGCCAUAAUAGAUGGCACCGGAUCAGUUGGAGCUGCUCUUGGUCCUCUUCUUACUGGGUUCCUUUCAACAAUGGGCUGGAAUGCCGUUUUUGCUAUGUUAGCACUUGGGGCUUCUACUGCUGGGCUUCUUUUAUCACGUUUGGUCAUAGCUGAAAUUGCAGCAAAAAGUCGCAGAUCAGAGCCUGUGUCCAUUGGGCAGCAAUAUUCUGGAGCCUCAACAUCUCAACCAUUGCUGAGUGAGGAAAGGUGAUGCUCAUGUUUGAGACAAUGAACCUUCAAAGAUACUGCUCAACACCAAGAUUGUAAUGAGAAAAAGAACGGGGAAAGAUUUUGUCAGUGGCUCUUAACUGCAGCUUGCAGUCAUUUAAUUCAUUAUUCGACUUCAUCAGUUUGUCUAGAUUCUACCGGGUUCCAAAUUCCAAACGUGAUUUCUGUUCACCAUGAAAAAACUUCUUCUCUGGGGAUACAUGGAGGAUGAUUGCUUUUGCUUGUUAUGACCUCUUAUGUCUGUGUAUCCAGUAAGUUUUAUUAUUUUCUGGUUCUAGACCGACUGAUUUAGACAAAGGCAAAGUUCCUAUCUUGUCCUAGCCCAAACCCCGCUUAACCCCCAAGCUAUAACUUGUUAUCAUCAGCUUUUGAAAAACAAUGUUGAUACUUGUAAUAUGAAUGCUUAGAAUUUGAAUAGCAUAUUCAUGAGCUAUAUUUCAGUACAUUUCAGUUAUGAUACUUGCAUUUAAUUUGUCGAGAAUUAAAAUCGGCUCAGUAUCUGUUACCAUC